AUGGAUGACGUCUCCUACUUUGAGUUUCUGCAAGACUGGAACUUCAAGGCGCGGAAUCCGGCGAGGUGGGCGAUCUGGCAGCCUCCUGCAAUGCCCAGGGUGUUGUAUUAUUACCCCCGGUACAAGCCGGGUCCGUUCCCAUCAGCAUUUGACAACUACACUUCCGCGUAUCAUUACUGUCUCGAGCACCACGACCACCAGGACGAUCACUACGGUAUUGUCGACGAGCCCGAUCCGCUGCCGGGAGAGGAUGAAUUCGAGCGAGGGGAGGAUGCUGGGGACAUCACACUUGAGGAUUGGCAGGAGGUGGCCCGGCUGGUCCCCGACCUCCAACUUCCCGAAGAACUAGCCGACUUGCUUGGACGCCGAGACAUUGAUGUCAAUUGCGACUGGACACGACACAUUGGUCGCUACCGGCACGACCAGUUUGGUACCGGAGGUUACUGGGUGCAACUCCGUGGAGACGCUCCAGGUAAUUACGACGUGGAAGAGAUGCCUCUCGCAGCCCGUGACACGUUGAACACGCAGCAGCAGCAGGUAUACGACACGGUCAUGCGCCACUACAGAGCCAAGAACGAGAACCGCCAGCCUCCGCCCCUUCGUCUACAGAUCGACGGAGGAGGUGGGACUGGAACGUCAAGAAGCAUGCUCGGCCUCAAGACCCUCGCGUGGAUCGACCAGCGCCUACGAGAGGUGUUCCCGGAGAAUCGUGACGAGUUCUUCGGCGGCCUCAGCGUCAUGCUGAUCGGGGACUUCUUCCAGCUUCCCCCUGUUCUGAACAAGCCGCUGUACUCAACACGCGACGACCUAAAGGGCAUCGAGAUUGUCGGGCGUAAUGCUUACCUCUCAUUCGACAAGUCGGUGUUUCUGACCACAAUACAGCGGCAGCAGGGCGAAGACCAGGCCCCGUUUCGGCGGGCCUUGGAAGAACUGCGAAAAGCUGAUGUGUCAGUACCCUCCUGGGAGCUCCUCGCUUCGAGAUGCUCUGUCAAGCUCUCUCCCGAGGAAGUUGACAGCUUUGCUGAUGCGCUUCGCAUCUAUCCCACCAAGGCCCAGGUCGUCGAGUACAACCACCAACACAUGCUUGGCCUGGACAGCCCCGCCAUUCAGGUCGAGGCAAAGCAUGAGGGUGUUGGUGCGGAGAAGGUUGAAUCCUCAGAUGCCGGCAACUUGUCCAAGCGCUUGCCCUUGUGUGUUGGUUGCAGGGUGAUGCUGACGCGGAAUUUGUGGGCCGACGUCGGGCUCGUCAACGGCGCACAGGGCACAGUCUAUGACAUAUCCUGGAAAGAAGGUACCGACGUGCUGCGAGACCCGCCCGAGGUCAUCAUGGUGGCCUUCGAUGACUACGACGGCCCGGGCUUCACGAUGCCGAACGGGGAGCCUCUCCGUAGUGGGAAGAAGCUGGCUGUUCCCAUCCUCCGAGUGCGGCAUGACUUCAUGGUCGGCGCCAACUCAUGUUCAAGAGAGCAGUUCCCGCUGUUGGUCAGCUAUGCGAUCACCGUCCACAAAUCACAGGGCAUCACCCUGGACAAGGUCGUCUGCGACAUCUCUGCGCCAGAGUUUGCUUCUGGCCUCUCCUACGUGGCCGUUUCGCGGGUGAAGACACUCGGCGGGCUGAUGUUUGAGCGGCCCUUCGACCGCAGCAGGAUCUACCGCGAGACACCAUCACCAGCUAUGGGGUUGAAGUUGUCCGAUCACGCUACCAGGCAACUGCAGGCGUUAGAUGCUGUGGCGGGGGAGGUUCCCUCAGAGUCUAAUUGA